GCGCCAGAGAUCUGAGAGCGGUUGUAUGGAGCGGUCGCGCGUGCGGUGCUCGUGGUGAUUUGGAGAGCAGCGCCGGUCAGGGCGGCAAGAGCAGGCGAGCUCGACGCCAAGUGCUAGUGAGGAGGUGUCACGGAGUGCAAUGUGAUCCUGCGGAGAGUCGGGAACAGAAUGGCCACGAUCCUGAAGUGGUGGAAAAUGAAGGUGCUCGGCGGAUACAAGACGAUGCCAGGUCUGGUGUCGGAGAGCGACUGCGGUCACUCGGCGCUGGGGGGCGGCAGCUCCUCGCGCUGCUGCCGCGGCCACCGCUGUGCCAGCUCCACAGACGAGACGCGGCUCUACGACACGGAUGACGAGGAUGAGUUCAGCGUGGGCUCGGCCGCCACGCCUCGUCAGCUGAGUCCUCCGGUGACCCCGCAGAGGUCAGGGUCACCGCGACCCGAGAGCCGGUCACCCAAAGACGAGUUCAACUUCACCCUGUACGACUUCGACGGGCAUGGCAAGGUCACAAAAGACGACAUUGCCGGACUGGUCCGAGCCAUCUACGACGUAGUCGGCUCGUCCGUACAGGUGCCGCCGAGUGGCAGCAAGACCAUCAACGUGAAGUUGACCGUGACGCCCGAGCGGCAGCCGCAGCGCGACCUCAGCAUCACGGUCCGCAGCGCCGACGGCGACGGCCGUCGGGCCAAGGACGAUCUGGAGCUGCGCGCCGAGCCGCCGCGGCCGCGGUUCAACUCGAUGCGCGGCGCGGCGCCCCCGACCUGGCGCACCAAGUCGCCCGAAAGGGCCGGAGGAUCGCCCCCGCUGCCGCGUCGCCAGCUGCCCUCCGACCCGGUCCGGCACCGGCACCUGGUGGAGCUGCUGCAGUCCAGCAUCGAGAAGAACAACCUCAAGUUCAACAACCUCAAACGGCACAACUCUGAGCGAGAGACGGGCCGAGCGCGCGGUUCGAGCCGCACGCGGCCGGAGGUCCCAGCCGAGCCCGCUGCUACUGGAUGUCCCCACACGACGCCCUGCAGCCUCUGCGUGCGCGACCGGUGGAGCAAGCGUCACGCGGGCUGUCGCGGGCGCCGCUGCCAGCCUACCGCCGCUCCGGCCCGCGAGUAUGAGGACGACUAUGAGCUGCUGGCGCGCUGUGCCGAGUUCGCGCUGCGAGGCGCCGGUGGAACAGCGCCGGAGCCGCGGCCCCGCCCGGCCCGGCGCGACACGGCGCCUCGCGCUGCCGGCUCACCGCACCACCAUAUGAAGCACCGCAACCGCGAGCGAGAUCACUACCGCGCAAUGCAGCAGGUGCUCAACUGGCUGGAGCGGGAGCACUCGGCGCCUCCGCCGGCCGCUGAGCCGGAGCCAUGUCACUGCGAGGAGGAAGCACCGCCCCCGCCGCCGCCGCCGCCUCCACCACCGCCGCCGCCGCAGCCGCAGAAGGUGGAGCAUCACCACAUGCACGAGCACGUGCACCACCACUAUCACCACUUCCCCAAGGACGCGGUGAUUUUGUGAGGCUGAGCGGACGCGGGGCGGUGUGAGGCUCGCUCGCUCCUGUGACUCGCGAGCGGCGCUCGGAUACACGGCCAGGCCACUCUUGCCUUCGAACGUGUGACCGUGCGACAUUUCUACUCAGUACAAGUGAGCGAUCAAACAGUGGGAGGCCAGCUCGGGGCCGUGUGCCGUCUUGAACGGCCCGAGCGCAUCCGAACGCGGCUUUGGCAGCGCAGCAGGACCUCAGUACAAAGUGCUGCGAGCGUUUUUCUCGGUUUGGCCUCUAGUCUGGCUCGCGGGACCGCUAGACUGACUAUCUCUACCUCCAAUGUGCUCAGAGGGCCGGCCGGCCGGGCGGCUCGGCGGCAUCUCGUCGUGUAUAUAGCGCCAGUGAUGGGUCGGCCAGGCCCGCGGCGGUCUGCCGUGGUCGGGUCUGGCCGGCCCGGCCCGCACCUGACGUAGAUCUGACUUGUCUGAACGGAGACGUGGCGGAACGACUCCAGACCUCGCCACUGGGGAGGACCGCCUCUCUCACUUUAUAACCGGCCAAUUCGACAAGUGUUCGUCUCCGUUAGCCAUGGCUCGUUCGUGAUUGGUAUUAUUUAUGAUAUAUUUCCAUUAAUUUGUUAGUUAUUUCUAUGCUAUGAUGUGUUUAAUGCCGUGCGCGUUUGGUACCAAGUACUGACGAAAUAGAUAAGACGAAUGAAA